AUGUCCGAAAAGUUCUCUGGCUCGGCCGAGAACGUCGACAGCGCGACUUCUCACAACGAGAAGAUCGGUGAUGCCGACCCCGCGCAUCAUUUCAGACAGGACCAUCACAAUCUCGGGGCCGCAUCUGCUGCGCUCAACAUUGUCGAGAACCCGCUGAGGCGCACCUCCCCCGCAGAAACGGUUCGCGUUGCGCGCGAGUUCGCCGAGAAGAAUGGCAUGGCUGAACAUGCGGCGCUCUUUGGACGAGCGGCCCUCGUUGCCCGUGAUGGCGACAGGUUCGAGAUGCAGAGCGAGCUGCUGGAUGAUGAGCGUGCUGCCUUGAUCUACGAGAGGGACCACAAGUGGCACUCGUCCAAGAUGAUGUGGUAUUCCAUCAUGCUGUGUGCUGUGGGAGCUGCCACGCAAGGAUGGGAUCAAACCGGAUCCAAUGGUGCCAAUCUCUCCUUCCCAGAGGAAUUUGGCAUUGCGGGCACAGGACGCGAUGAAUGGAUCGUCGGUAUCGUCAACGCCAUCAUCUUUCUGACUGCUGGUCUGAUCGGAGCAUUCAUCGUCGAUCCCCUCAACAAAUACCUCGGUCGUCGAGGCGAGAUCUUCCUCACGGCCAUCUGCCUCACUGCUACUCCCAUCGGUUCCGCCUUCACCCAGUCGUGGCAAGGGCUUUUCGCGGCUCGUUUUGUCAUGGGUAUUGGUAUCGGGGCGAAAAACGCCACUGUGCCCAUCUACUCGGCUGAGAUGUCGCCCCAUCGCAUUCGUGGUGCGCUGGUCAUGUUCUGGCAACUGUGGGUUGUAGCCGGUAUCUUCCUCGGCUUCGCAGCAAACGUGAUCGUCAAAGAUACGGGCAAGAUCGCAUGGCGCCUCCAGCUCGGCUCGGCCUUCAUCCCAUCCUUUAUCCUCAUGGUCGGCAUCUGGUUCUGCCCCGAGUCACCCCGCUGGCUCAUGAAGAGCGGCAAGCUUGCGAAAGGUUUCAGAUCCAUGUGUGCCCUGCGCGCGCACCCUAUCAUCGGCGCACGGGACUUCUACUACUCCUAUGUCAUCUUCCUCGAGGAGCAGAAGAUUGCUGGAGACUCAACCUACUUUAGCCGCAUGGCGGAUUGUUUCCGGAUUCCCAGGAUCAGGAGAGCGAAUUAUGGCGCGAGCACUGUGAUGAUCGCGCAGCAGAUGUGCGGCAUCAACGUCAUCUCUUUCUACUCCUCAACCAUCUUCUCCGAGGCCGGGUACACCAACACGCAAGCCCUCUACGCCUCCCUCGGCUACGGUGCCGUCCAGGUCGUCUUCACAUUCCCCACGCUCUUCCUCAUCGACACCAAGGGCCGCCGCAAUCUCUGUCUGAUCACGUUCCCCUUCAUGUUCCUCUUCCUCCUCGCCGCCGGCCUCUCGGAGCUGCAGCCCGCCGACGGGGCCAAGAAGGUCGGCCCGGUGAUCCUCUUCAUCUACCUCUUCACCAUCGCCUACUCGAUGGGCGAGGGCCCCGUCGCGUUCCAGUACUCGGCGGAGGUCUUCCCGACGAUCCAGCGCGAGCAGGGCAUGUCCUGGGCGGUGUGCAUCAACAACACGUUCGCCGGCAUCCUCUCGCUCACGUUCCCGCGCAUGAAGACGGUCAUGACGCCGACGGGCGCCUUCGGCUUCUACGCCGGCCUGAACCUCAUCGCCUGGGCCCUGAUCUUCUGCUUCGUGCGCGAGACCAAGCAGCUCACGCUCGAGGAGAUCGACCAGGUCUUCAGCGUCCCGACCCGCGAGUUCCUCGCCUACGAGACCAAGGUCUGGCUGCCCUGGUGGUUCCGCCGGACGGUCCUCCGGCAGAACGUGCCGCGCCCGCCGCCGAUUAUCGAGAAGGCGGACCUGGUGCGCGAGGGGGAUAUUGUUGAGGCGUAG